AUGAAUUUGAAUAAUCCUAAAGAAGUGGAUCGAGAAAGAAUAGCUAAAAUUUGUCGUAAACGUAGAAGGGAGAGGUUAGAUUUGAGAAGAAAUGACAUCGAGCAUUAUAAUUCACUUUUGUUGUCUAAUAAAGGGAAUCGGGAGGUAGUUGCUAAACUCAGACGUAAAGAUAGGAAAGACAAGUUGGAUUUCAAAAGAAAAACUAAUCGUUAUGAUGCUUUGUGUUAUUCUAAUACUUUUGGUAAUACUCAGGUGCCUAUGCAGUUUCCUGGAGAAAAUAAUAAUGUUUUGUGUUUUGCUGGAGAUGCAGCUUUUAAAGGUAAUUCAGCUAAGGAAAUUACCUUUAGAAGGAGACGCCAAGAACGAAUGAAGAAGUUAAAAUUGAAAAGAUUAAGUGUUCGUGUUUGUCGUCAGAAACCUUUGAUUCGACGUGGAUUGUUUUCUAGAAAGAAAAGUAGAUCUAAAUCAAAGAGAUCGAAUGAGUCAUCUUCUGAAAAAAAUAUGAAUGUUGAAUUUGAUGACCUGAUUGUUGCUGAUAUACAAUUAUCGAAUGAUUGUAUUUUUGGGAUUGCAGAAUUGCUUGAAUAUAAAGAUAUAGGUGAUAUGAAUGUUUGUUGUCGAAAAUGUGCUGCUAUGGUUUGGAAGGGGGAAACGGUGGGGAAGAAUUCUGAUUUAAAUCCUCCUGAAAUUUCUCUUUGUUGUAUGAAAGGAAAUAUCGUUUUGGCUGGAAUGGUUGAGCCUCCAAGCCUUAUUAGGAAUCUUUUUUCUGGUGUUGAUUCUAGGUCUUCUAAUUUCAUCUCAAAUCUAAGGUGUUAUAAUAACAUGUUUUCUUUUACUUCGUUUGGUGGGCAAGUUCAAACUAUUGGAAAUGAUGGUAGAGGUCCUCCGAAUUUUGUUAUUUCUGGACAAAAUUAUCAUAGAAUUGGUAGUUUGAUACCAAAUGAAGGUGAUCGCCCAAAAUUUGCUCAACUUUAUAUAUAUGAUACCGAAAAUGAAGUUCAAAAUCGUUUAUCACAUUUUAGUGGUGAAACUUCGAAGGGUCAGUUGGAUGCAUCAUUGGUUGAAGAUUUGAUAAAAGUUAUGGAUGAACAUAAUAAAUUAGUUCAAAGUUUUAGAAUGGUUCGAGAUUUUUGUCGGGUCAACCAGAAUGUUUCGGUAAAUUUAAGACUUUUUCGAAAUCGUAACUUUGAUCCUAGAACAUAUAAUGUUCCUCUUAUCAGUGAAGUUGCUGCUCUGAUCGUUGGGGAUUUUGAUAGCACUGAAGAUGGAAGAGACAUCGUUGUUCGAAAGCAAGAUGGUAGGCUGAAAAGAAUUCAUGAGACUCAUCCGAAGUACAUACCGUUGCAAUAUCCUUUGCUCUUUCCUCAUGGUGAAGAUCAAUAUGAUGAGAAGUUGAAGCGUAAACAAGUUUCAAUAAGUCGAGGUUUGAAGAAAAGAAUUCGCGUUACUUUAAGGGAGUUUAUUGCUUUUAGAUUGCAAGAAAGAGCUGCUGAAGAUGCAGUUUUAUUUAAUAGUAGGCGUCUCUUCCAACAAUUUGUUGUUGAUUUGUAUUCUAUGAUUGAAAGCCAGCGUUUGUCAUUUAUUAGAAAAAAUCAGUCACAGAUUCGAGCUGAUUUUCUUGCAUGUGUUGAGGAAGCUGUUGAAAGGGGUGAUAUCGAUGGAUCUUCUAUUGGAACUCGAGUGGUUAUUCCUGCUUCUUUUGUUGGUGGUAGGAGAUAUAUGUUUAAUAAUUGUCAAGAUGCAAUGGCGCUUUGUAAAAAGUUUGGUUAUCCAGAUUUGUUUCUAACUGUGACCUGUAAUCCAAAGUGGGAUGAAAUCCAACGACACUUAUCAAAAUCUAAGAACUAUGCUCCUUUUCGUCCCGAUAUCACUUGCCGUGUUUUCCAUCUCAAAUUGAAAGAGAUGAUGAAUGAUUUUAGAAAGGGUCAUUUUUUUGGAAGAGUUAUUGGCAGUGUAUAUACUAUCGAGUUUCAAAAGCGAGGAUUGCCUCAUGCACAUAUAUUGUUAUGGCUUCAUCAAAGUAACAGACUUGAGUCCCCCGAUUCAAUUAAUUCUGUUAUAUCUGCCGAGUUGCCUGAUCCGGUUAAUUUUCCCAAGUUAUAUGAUACUGUGUGCAAAUUUAUGAUCCAUGGUCCUUGUGGUAUUGAUGGAAUAUAUUCUCCUUGCAUAAAAGAUAAAAAAUGUUCAAAAUUCUAUCCAAAGAAGUUUGUAAAUAGGACAAAUUUUGAUCAAAGUGGAUAUCCUGUUUACCGACGUCGGGAUUUAGGAGUGACUGUUUUAAAGAAAGAAGUUAAUUUAGAUAAUAGGAGUGUUGUCCCCUAUAAUGCAUCAUUGAUUAUGAAGUAUCAAUCUCAUGUUAACAUAGAAAUUUGCAACAAGUCAAAUUGUAUCAAGUAUCUGUUCAAAUAUAUAACUAAAGGAGUUGAUAGAGUCACUGCUUCUCUUGAAAAGGAUGGUGAAGAACAUGUUGAUGAAAUUAAACAGUUUUAUGACUGUAGAUAUUUAUCUCCUUGUGAGUCCAUCUGGAGGAUAUUUGGUUUUGAGACUCAUCAUAGAUGGCCUCCAGUAAUGCGGUUGACUUUUCAUCUUCGCCAUGAACAAAGGAUAAUGUUCAGGGAAAAUUCAAAUUUGGCAUCUGUUUUGGCUAGAAAUAAGAAAAAAAAAACUAUGUUUCUUGCAUGGAUGGAAGCAAACAAAAGAUACGCACUAGCCCGCACUUUGACGUAUAUUAAAUUUCCAACUCUCUUUUUGUACGACUCUGAUAAGCGUUGUUGGCGGCGACGAAAAAGAGGUCAAUCAGUUGGUAGGUUGACUUUUAUUCCAUUCAGCAAUCGGGAAUUAUUUUACAUGAGAUUGUUAUUGAAUGUUCAAGUUGGUUGUACCAGUUUUGAAGAUAUUCGAACAGUUGAUGGGAAAAUAUUUAAUUCCUAUCGUGAAGCUUGUGGGGAAUUAGGUUUGCUUGCUGAUGAUGGUGAAUUUUUUGAAACUAUAGAUGAUAUUUAUUUUCAUGGUUCUGGUUACUAUCUCAGAAAUAUAUUUGCCAUUCUAUUGUUAGGUUCAUCUAUGAGCGAUCCUUUGAAUGUUUGGGAAAAAAAAUGGGAAAUUUUAGCGGAUGGUAUUUUAUAUUCUAAACGGCGACUGCUUCAUGAUCCAGAUUUGAUUAUUUCUCCAGAGGAGUUGAAAAGGUUAUGUUUAGUUGAAAUUGACAAGAUUCUUAGAGCAAAUGGAAAAUGUUUGAAUGAUUAUGAGUUUAUGCCAAAGAUAAAUACCGAAGAUAUUGAUCCGUUUGAUAAUCUUUUCAUUGCUAAUGAGUUGUCAUAUGAUUCUGGUGAAAUGUAUAUCAAACAUGAAGAAUUGUUUAGGACUUUGAACAAGGAGCAAUUGUUGGCAUAUCAUGAAGUUGUUGAUGCUGUCACAAAUAAUUUGGGGCGAAUGUUUUUUAUUGAUGGUUUUGGUGGAUCUGGAAAAACAUAUUUGUGGAAUGCAUUGUCUUUUCGAUUUAGAUCAGAAGGUAAAAUAGUUUUAAAUGUAGCAUCGAGUGGUAUUGCUUCGCUACUACUUCCUGGUGGAAGAACUGCUCAUUCACAGUUUGGAAUUCCUUUAGUUUUAACUGAAGAGGCAGUUUGUCGACUUGAUAAAAAGGGUAAGAAGGAACAACUUCUAGCAAUGGCAUGUUUAAUUAUUUGGGAUGAAGCUCCGAUGAUUAAUAGGCUUGCUUUUGAAGCUUUUGAAAGAUGUAUGCGUGAUAUAAUGAAUAAAAUUGUUGAGGGUUCUUCAAAACUUCCAUUUGGGGGCAAAACUAUUGUUUUGGGUGGUGAUUUUAGGCAAAUACUUCCUGUGGUACCAAAGGGUGGCAGAGCUGAUGUUGUUCAUGCCACGAUUAAUUCAUCACCAUUGUGGAAUAGGUGCUCAGUAUUGAAAUUAACGCAGAAUAUGAGGUUACAAUUUUCCACUAAUAGUGAAUAUAAUAGGUGUGUGAGGGAGUUUGCUAAGUGGAUUUUGGAUAUCGGUGAUGGUAAAUUGGGUGAAUCAUGUGAUGGUGAGGCUGUAAUUGAAAUACCUGAAGAUCUUCGUGUUAAAAGUUCUGGGAAUCAUAUUGGUGACAUUGUUGAAGCAACUUAUCCUGAUUUACUUCAUAAUAUUGGUGAUUACACAUUUUUCCAAGAUCGUGCUAUUUUAGCUCCGACACUUCAUUUGGUUGAAGAUGUUAAUGACUAUGUUAUGUCUUUGUUGCCGAAUGAAGAGAGAGAAUAUCUUAGUUGUGAUUCUCUUUGUAAGUGUGAUGAAGAUGUUGGUAUUGAUCAGAGAUGGAUUACUACGGAGUUUUUAAAUGGUAUUAAAUGUUCUGGGUUGCCUAAUCAUAAGUUACGGUUUAAGUUAGGUGUUCCUGUUAUGUUGCUUAGAAAUAUAGAUGUGUCUUCUGGUUUAUGCAAUGGAACUAGAUUGAUAGUUACCGAUCUUGGAAAAAGAUUCAUUGGGGCUGAUAUUGUCAAUGGUUCCCAUCACGGAGAAAGAGUUUUUAUCCCUCGGUUGAAUUUAUCUCCGUCUGAUUCGAAUGUUUCUAUCUCUUUUCAGAGGCGUCAAUUUCCUCUAUCUUUGUGUUUUGCGAUGACAAUAAAUAAAAGCCAAGGACAAACUUUAUCGCAUGUUGGACUUUAUUUGCCUAGGCCCGUAUUUAGUCACGGUCAGUUAUAUGUGGCUGUUUCUCGUGUUAAAAGUAGAAAAGGUCUCAAAAUUUUAGCUUUGGAUGAUUCCGGUGAUUCGUCAAAUACUACAGUCAACAUUGUGUACGAAGAAGUCUUUCGGAAGAUCUGA